CACACGCAACGACGACCAUCCAAAAAACCCAACCCAAAAGUGCAUUUUCUUCAUUUUGGUCGUGAAAAGUGGAAAAUAAGCAUGAGCUGCAUGCAAACGCUUUGUUCGGUGCUAUUUUAGUGGAUAUAAGCAGUGCAUGUAACGCUCCGUAUCGAUGCUUUUUCAAAUGGAUACACAAUCCAUGCAAUGAAACGAGGCGGAUGUUUUUGUACAAGUAGAAAUAGAAAUCAUCAAUAGUUGCCUGAAUGGUGAUAAUAUCAUCUUACCGGACACCAUGAAAAUGGGAUUGAGCACUUCAUCCAUGCGCAGGCGUGGCUGCCUUUACGGCAUAGUACUCGUGCUAAUACCCUGCACUGUACUGAUCGUAGUGAUCGGUACGGACUACACAUCGGAACAAUCGAUGUCGCAACGUAUGGCCGAGUUUCAAAUGCGCAUGCAGUACCUCGAAUCGAUGUACCGCACGAAGCAGGAGGAUGUGGCUAUCCUUUCGCAGUACCUUCGGUUGGCCGCACUAAACGGGGCCACCGUAUCCGGCGGAGGCACGGGAUCGACCGAUGGUGCGAACGUUUCGCUCGCCAACUUGGAUCUGCUCGAAGGUUUAAGUCCGGAUUCGCGAUCGCUCAUACGGAACGUCACAUCAACGAACCGGUUAGCGGAAAGCCUAAAGCUACCGACGGCUUUCCACUUCCUUCCCCACCUGCUGGACGAUUCAGCUUCGCUACAACCGAGCUACAUCGAGAGCAAGAAACGGCAAGGCGUUUCGAUCGUGCUCGGCAUCCCGACGGUGAAGCGCGACAAGCAAUCGUACCUCGUGGAAACGAUCGACAAUCUUAUUGCGAACAUGGACGAGGAAGAGCAGAACGAUACGAUGAUCGUUGUGUACGUGGGUGAAACGGAUCUUGACUACGUGAAACUGGUAGCACAUCAGAUACGGACACGCUUUGCAAGCUACAUCGAUAGCGGCUUCCUGGAGAUUAUUGCACCGGCCGCUUCGUACUACCCAAACAUGAACAGUCUCCGGCAAACGCUGAACGAUUCCCAGGAACGGGUACGGUGGCGUUCCAAGCAGAAUCUCGACUUUGCGUUCCUGAUGGCGUACGCUCAACCGAAGGGUGCCUUCUAUCUCCAGCUCGAGGACGACAUACUCACGAAGAAGGGCUUUGUGACGAUAAUGAAAAACUUUGCGCUGGAAAAAACGGCCAAGAAAGAGCACGCGAACUGGUUUGUGCUGGAUUUUUGUCAGCUAGGUUUCAUAGGAAAAAUGUUCAAAUCUGCCGAUCUGCCUUGGUUAAUUACAUUCUUCCAAAUGUUUUUCAACGAUAAACCAGUCGAUUGGUUGUUGUACCACUUGAUCUACACGAAGGUUUGCAGCGUGGAGAAGGAUGGUAAAAGUUGCAAGCAGGAAAUGUCCAAACUGUGGAUCCAUUACAAACCCUCACUGUUUCAACACAUCGGCACACAGUCGUCCCUGAAGGGAAAGGUGCAAAAGCUAAAGGAUAAACAGUUCGGCAAGAUACCGAACUUCCAUCCCCAUCGGAAUCCACCGGCUGUGGUACGGACCGGUAUACAGCCGUACAAAUCGUACACGCUCCAGAAGGCAUAUUCGGGCGAUAGUUUCUUCUGGGGGCUAAUGCCACAACCCGGUGAUCUGAUCGAAUUCAAAUUCAAGCAACCAACCACUGUACGGAGAUAUCUUUUUCGGAGUGGCAACUUCGAACAACCUUCCGACCGGUUUUACAAUACCACCGUUGAGGUACUCCCAGCCAGUGGCAACGGAUCGGCGAUCAGUGCCACGCUGCCCUUUAACGUUACCAAGGAUGGAUUUCUCGUGGUUGGUAGUUUCAACAAUUACGGCAUAGCGGAUGGUGUAAUCGACCCGAAAAUAGGAAAGCUGAAGGAGCUCCGCCUGCACGUGAACAGUGACAGCCAGAAUUGGGUUAUACUGCGAGAGAUCUACCUGCAGAGUAACAGCGUUCGGUGACAGAAACAUUACCGGAUGUUGGAUCCGUUCGGAUCUGGCGAUAUAAACGCGCGUGCGGCCAGAGCACUCGUUGCAACCGGCAAGCUGCAACAGGCGCGUGUUGUUGUUACACCGCCCAAACGUAAUAGCAGCAGUAUAAUGCUCCGUCAGCGACAGCGCCGUCGUGUUUUGCCCUCGAAACUUUCCGAGCGGAAUGUGAAAUCGAUGGUUGAGCUACCACCGUCACCAGCUAAACCGAUCAGCGCCAGAAUGACAAUUCACGCUACAAACACAAAAGCAACAUGAUAUACCCGUCGUCUAGCCAACUUGCAGCAUGCACCUUAAUCCUUUUUGUCCAGCUUGUUUCCUGGUAGUUUUCUUUUUUGGAAUGAUCUAAAGGGAAACGUCGUCGUAUGUACAGCGGUGAUUGGCAAACAUGAUGUAGAUUGGUAAAAGAAGAAAAAAAAAUGAAAAGAAGGAAAGGAAAAGGUAUACAGUGUUAGAACGUCUCAAAUUGUGAUCAACGAAUAUUAUUAUUGUGUACUCAUGGAAUCGCACAGAUGAUAAUGGGAUAUUGUGUGUAGGGAUUAGUUAUGCGUCGUGUCGUAUUUCGUAUGUAUGUAUAAUGCAAUUGAACAGUAUCAUACCACCUCCUCGCCCCAGUUUUGGAAGUACGGGAGAGCGCGUUUAAAGGGUGUAAUGUUAAUAAGUUGUUUUGUAUCGCUGUUGCUGUGAGUGUACGUAUGUCUGUGUGUGUGUGUACAUGUAAGUCGUGUGUGUGUGUGUAACUUGUUUAGUGAGACUGCUAGUUUUGUGUAUGUAAAACAUAUGAGGAAAACCGAUUGUUAAAUACGUAUAAUGCAAAUAUUGCAAAGAUAAGACAAACAGAGAUGGUGGGAAUGUUUAGCCGCAGCCACAGAUGAAGAUUAGUAAGGUGGCACAGAAACACACAAUCAUGCUUGCAUACUGUUGACACAUGAACAAUGGAAUCUCUUCGUUAUAAUCUCCUUCCUAACAUUCUGUUGAAUUCAGUAACACCUGUCGGUACUAAUGCUUUCUGUUUUUAUUAUUCUCUCUAUUAGCCACGGAAAGUAUUUUACUCAUUUUGAAGAUUAACUGGUAUGAAAUUAACGCGCUUGUUAAGUUAGUAUUAAGUUUACUCAUUGAAUUAUCUAUCUCAAUCGGAAAUAGUUUUGCUCAUUAUUUUUUUUAUGAACGGUAGAAAGGCUUGGCCGUAAAUCUGUAGCUUAUUUAGCAAACGUCCAUUUUAAUUUAGUGUUAAUUUACUUCCUUUCUCUGCAAUACCUCACCCAAUCAUGGUAUUGGAAACCCUUAUCGUACCAAUUUUCUAUUUUACAGAAAGCCUCAAAAACUUACAAGCACAAACAAAAUAAGAGAAUGGAAAAGUGAACGUUUCGUUAUGUAAGCUUUUGUUUUGCUGUUUUGUAUCGGAGACGGCUAUUGGCCAUAACUUAUGACUUUAUAACGCAUAACGAGUGCAGUACCGCGCGCCCCCAAUAAGUUUGAUUAACCCAAGCUCAGUUUUACCCGAACACACACCCGAAACAAUAUGCACGCACAGACAACUUCGUUGUGGAAUAAUGUGUAAAGAUAAUCAAAUGCCUUUUGUAAAAGAAAAAUUUGUAAAACAGAAGAAAAGGAUAGAGGAACAGAUAAUUGGAUAGGAAAGCAAAGCAAAGGGGAAAAAAACAAAACCGUUUCAGUAAGACUUAAAAACCGAAACCCCAAAACAGGUUUGGAAAGCCUUUUCCCCCGCAUGGACGGGUUGAGUGGGAAUGUAAAGGAUUCAUCACCUUCCGUGACGGAUUGGCUUUUGUAAUGUUUGCUGUGGAAUCGAAAUUGGUGUCCUUUACCUUUCCGUUUUAUGUUCUAUCUAUGGUUUCGGUAGUAAUUCAUAAUCGGGUGUUUUUUGCUAAAAUUCGUAAAACAAAGUGUACUAACGCGGUUUGGGGGAUAUAUAUAUACAUAUAUAGAUUGUGGCCAAGUAUAAGCAAACUAAUAUGCUGUGUGUGAAUGUGAUGGAGCGUGAUUAAAUCUGCACUGCACCGCGUUCGUUCCUAUUCGUGUAGUCUAGCGAAAGCAAUAAGCCAAUAAUCAAACUAAUGCUCUGUUACCAUCCGAUAGCGUGUCGUUUGUCGUGGAUGUAAUCGUUAUGCACGGUUUCGUAGUCGUUUCGUGCAGUAAUUUUCGAGCACAAGCCUAGGUGGUAAUACAUUACACGGUGCUCCAUCCCAUGUGAGAGAGACACUAUUUAAUUUAGCGUCCGUAACCGGUACCCGAAACCAUCACUUCGAAUGCGCUAGCGGAUACAGUCGGACGGGAACGCCAUGAAGCUGUUGAAAAUACUCUUAAUUUUUCGCCAAGCGUUAGUUUUUGUCAUAAGCGCACAACAGCACAAAAGAACCCGCUCAUGCUACCAAUUGAAAUCAUGAUGAAUCUCGUACCAGUUAUUCUCAAUCAAGCAAAACAAUGCGAUGCGAUGAUGAUACUCAGCAGAACACGUUUGCAAGUUAAGCAAUGAUACACACACCCUACCUAGUAUUGUGUUAUCUCUCAAGAAACGGCGGAGGCGUUACAAAUGCGCUUGACGAGAUCUGAAUCAUCAUUCCAGAUUACCUAUGUUAUUAGUGAGAUUGAAAGCGCGAUGAGGCACCCUAGCCAACGAGGUUGGGGCAAUGCAAAUUCAACCUGCAAACAAUCCAUCAAUGAGAAUCUAAAUUUAUGACGAUAAACUUAAACAGAAAGAAAAACAUACACACACAAUGGUGCAAUGGUGUCAAA